AUGGAAGAUGGCAUAAGUGCUGCGCAGAUUCACUUGACUUCCGACGCCACACCGUAUCACUGCCUCACAGCUCGCAGAGUUCCUCAUCACCUGUAUUCGAAAGUACGUGAAGAACUGCACCGCAUGGAAGAUGGCGACAUCAUUGCGCGUGUCGACGAACCCACAGACUGGUGUUCGCCUAUGGUGCCCGUCCUCAAACCUAACGGCAAGGUACGCAUCUGUGUCGACCUGAAGCGUCUUAAUGCGUCUGUCAAGCGGGAGACAUUUCAGCUGCCAACGUUAGAAGAUGCCCUGUCUUCACUGGCCGGAGCGACUGUGUUCACGACAUUGGACACUGCUAACGGAUUCUGGCAAGUCCCACUCAGUCCCGACUCUGCCCGUUUGACCACCUUCAUCACGCCGUUCGGCAGGUUCUACUUCAAGCGACUGCCAUUCGGCAUCACAUCAGCACCUGAGAUUUUCCAGAAGCGUCUCACCAACCUUCUGGACCAGCUCCCCGGCGUGUUCGUCUACAUGGACGAUAUCAUUGUCUCUGGCCGUACGCGAGAAGAACACGACCGUAACCUAGCUGCCGUACUAGACAUCCUGCAGAAAGCCAACGUCACGCUGAACAUGACGAAAUGUCACAAGCGUCAGGCCGAAGUGAAGUUCCUUGGUCACAUCUUCUCCGCCAAAGGUCUCCACCCUGACCCAGCGAGAGUGUCCAGCGUCGCUAAUCUGAAGCCGCCCAAGAACGUCACGGAACUGAAGCGCAUUCUCGGCAUGUUCGCGUUCAUGUCACGCUUCAUUCCCAAUCUCUCGGAAGUCAGCGCUCCACUGCGUCUUCUACUGGGGCAUGACACCGCAUGGGAGUGGUCUGCUACACAACAACAGGCCCUGGACAAGCUCAAACAGCUUGCCACCAAUGCGCCCUGCCUCACGUUCUUCGACCCAACCAAGCCCACGGUCAUCAGCGCUGAUGCCAGCAGUUACGGCUUGGGAGCUGUCCUAUUGCAGGAGCAUGACGACGGAAUGCGCCCCAUUGCAUUUGCCUCACGCAGCCUCACCACUACUGAGCAACAGUACGCGCAGAUCGAGAAGGAGUGCUUGGCUGUUGUCUGGGCUUGUGAGCGAUUCCACGGCUACAUUUACGGCAACUCGUCCCUCACUGUCCAGACGGAUCACAAACCACUCAUCCCGCUGAUCAAUACGCGUGAUUUGAACCGUGUCCCGAUGCGAUGUCAACGCCUCCUGAUGCGCCUGCUCACGUACAAUCCAGCCGCCGUGUAUGUCCCUGGCAAAGAGCUAGUUGUUGCCGAUGCUCUGUCUCGCGCUCCGCUCGCCUGUGACGACACGCCUAGUCUCCAAGACGAGAUCAGCAUCAACCUCGCAUCUUACAUCGGCGAGAUCGUGUCGGAUGGUAAAGCCCGUGACAUUGCUGACGCCACCACACAAGAUGAGACGCUCAAGCAAGUCCUCCACUUCGUCCAACACGGAUGGCCGUGCAACCCACGUGAUGUCGACGACACUGUGCGCCCAUACUUCCAUGAACGCCAGUUACUGUCCUGUGAGCAAGGUGUGCUGUACCAUGGCUUCCGCAUUGUCAUGCCACCCUCUCUGCAGCCUGAGAUGCUCGAGAAGCUCCACGAGGGACAUCAAGGUGCAACGAAGUGCAAGUCUCGCGCCCGCCAUUCCAUUUGGUGGCCAGGCUUGUCAAGGCAAAUCGACACGAUGGUCGCUACGUGUGAAGUGUGCACCAAACACCGCGUCCAGUCGACCGAACCACUGCAACCCGUCCAACGCCCAACACUGCCGUGGCACACGGUUGGUGCAGAUCUGAUGGAAUUCAACGGCACGACUUACCUCGUCAUUGUUGACUAUCUCUCGCGUUACCUCGAUGUCGUACCGCUGACUGCCACAACCUCGAUUGCUGUCAUCAAGCAUCUGCACCGCAUCUGUGCCGAGCAUGGUUUCCCGUCCACCUUGGUUACAGAUAACGGUCCUCAGUUUGCCAGCGAAGCGUUUACUGAGUUCUGCACAGCAAACGACAUCACCCAUCGCACUUCCAGUCCACGGUAUCCUCAGUCGAAUGGCGAAGCGGAACGUGCAGUUCGCACCGCCAAGAAUCUCCUGCGGAAGGCCGAAAGCCUGCAAGAUGCACUCUUGGCUUACCGCACGACACCGCUGAGCAACGGCUAUGCCCCAUGUCAGCUGUUGUAUGGCCGCCAGCUCCGUACCGGUCUACCUGCAACGACUGAACAGCUGGAACCGAAAUGGCCUGAUCUCCCUAGUAUUCUGGAAUCGGAAACUCAGUCCCAGGAACAGCAGAAGUUGCACUACGACCAACGGCAUGCAGCUAAGCCUCUCGCGACUCUACAGCUUCAUGACCGUGUAUUCAUCACCGAUCUCGAACGGGAGGGCAAGAUAGUAGAGCAAGUGUCCAAUCGUUCUUACCUCGUUGAGUCUGGUCACUCUACUGUUCGCCGCAAUCGUCGUCACUUGAUCCGACUGCCACUGCUAGAAGCAGAGAAGCCGACAGUCGAGGUUGAGUACGGUGGCACAGCAGCUGAUCCAGUCCGUCGCUCUGCUAGAGCCCCUCAGCCUGUCAACCGCCUCAUUGAAUCAUGCUAA